AUGAAAGGGGAUUUUCAAACUAUAAUCAUUAAUACUCAACAAACGUCUACUUAUGAUUGUUCAGAUGAUGAUGAUUUUUUUCAAGCUUUAGAAAAAAAAGUGAGUGGUAAUUCAUCUGUAGCAGAUGAAGAAGACGAA